UACCAAUCAAAUGCUUCCAUGUCACAAUCUGGAUUCUGCAAACAGCAAAGUCUCACAAUCAACUGAGACUCUACAGCUAAGAGGAAAAGCUCUUCCAGGAUAUUCGGGAUUGGAUCUCUCAAGAGAAUGUAAUUAAGGAUCUUGAAAUGAGAUCAUCCUUUAUCACCUGGGUAUGUCCUCAAUUCAGUGACAAGCGCUCUUGUAAGAGAAAUGCAGAGAGAGAUCAGACAGAUGAGAAAGCAGAAGAGAAGGAAGUAAUGGGACCAUGGAGGCAGAGACUGAAGUGAUGUGGCCACAUGCCAAAGAACACCUACAGUCACCAAAAGCUGACGAGGAGAGAAGGCAGAAGGAGGAGAUGAUAAUGGGUUGGGUUGUCCAUAUACAAGACUGUGCUGGUGAAUUGACUGUGAAGGAGUAUUAUGAAGAAAAGGAAUACAAUGAGGAAUUUAGUAUAACUACCAAGCUUUCUUCACCUUCACUACUUCUAACUCUACCACCAGGAGAGCUUGAGCUGAGAGGAAACUACGGUUCUCGUUACUCAGACCCAGAACACCCCUUCCCUACAAUCUGCUAAAACAUGGUGGAUUACUAUGAAGUUCUAGGAGUGCAGAGAUAUGCUUCACCUGAGGACAUUAAAAAGGCUUAUCGUAAAGUGGCACUCAAAUGGCACCCCGAUAAAAAUCCAGAAAAUAAAGAAGAAGCUGAGAGAAAAUUCAAAGAAGUAGCUGAGGCAUAUGCGGUAUUAUCAAAUAAUGAAAAAAGGGACAUUUAUGAUAAAUAUGGCCAAGAAGGAUUAAAUGGCAGAGGCAGAAGUCACUUUGAUGAUUCUUUUGACAAUGGCUUCACAUUCAGUAAGGCAGAUGAUGUCUUUAGAGAAAUUUUUGGUGAAAGGGAACCAUUUCCAUUUCAUUUCUUUGAAGACUCAUUUGAGGACCUUUUAAAUAGUCCAAGAAGCUCCUGUGGAAGCAAAGGUACAAGAUCCUUUUUUGCAACCUCAAGUCAAUAUCCAGUUUUUGAGAGAUUUUCUUCAUAUGAUACAGGAUAUACACCAUAUGGUUCACUGGGCCACAAGGGCCUUAAUUCAUUCUCCUCCCUGGCAUUCGAUGAAAGUGGGAUAAGCAACUACAUAUCUGUUACAGCUUCAGAUAAGAUUGAUAAUAGAAAUACAAACACACAGAGAAUUAUUGAGAACGAUCAAGAAAUAGAAGUUGAUGGCGAGUUGAAGUCCUUCCUUACAAAUGGUGUGGAAGAUGAAGAGGGCUUUGCAGAAGAAUGCAGUUGGAGAAGAAAGUCAUUUAACAAUUAUUCACCAAAGUCCCAUAGCCCCAAACAUGUAACUCAGUAUACUUUUGUGGAUAAUGAUGAGGAAGAUGUAUAUUGGGUCACCAGCAACUGGAAUCCCUCUAUGUUCUCAGCAGGAUUCAAAGAAGGUGGUAAGAGAAAAAAAAAAAAGCAUAAAGCCGUGCAAAAGAAGUCAACUAAAAACAAUCGUUAAAUUGACUCUACAGACACAUUAUGUUCAUACAACAAUUGAACACGACUGUGUGUGUUUUGGUUAAUCACUUUUGUACGUAACAUUUAAUACUAUAUUAAGAUUAUGUUUUUAACAUGUUUAGCAGCAUUGUGGACAUUUGAUCAAAGGCUGUUUGGAUUAGGUAUGUUAGAAAAAGAUGAGUUUGUGGUGACAGUGAUAAAAAGAAUUCGGAAAACAGGCAAAUACCAUUUUACUUUUCUUUGAGCUAAACAUUUACAAAUCACAGAGUCUUUUUCAGCAGAGUUUACAGGCCCAUUCUUUUCAUCUAUGAAACUACUAUGCAAACUUCCGAAAUAUGUAUAGCACUUGGAGCUAAAAAUUUAUUAAGAUACACAGGUUCAGACCAUAAAGUUAUUCAUGAAAUGAAUUUUCUCCAGUAGAGACACAGCAUUUGACACAUAACUUAAAUAUAUUAUAAAUAAAAAUUAAAGUAUAAAAUAUUUUAAGUUAAAAAUAGCCAGAAUUAUAUUUGUACCCCCAUGUUUACAGAACUUAUUCACAAUAGCAAAGAGGUGGAAGCAACCUAAAUACCAAUUAAUGGAUGAAUAAACAUACAUAUGGUGAAAUACUAUUCAACCUUAAAAAGGAAAUCCUGUUACAUGCUACAUGGGUUACAUGUUACAUGGGUAAAA